AGGACCACCACCGUGAAAAUACGUGAAAUUCUCCAGCAAAAACGCACCGUCUCCUGCGAGUUCUUCCCACCCAGGGAAGAGGAGGGGAUUCCCGCCGUUUUUCGCGCCAUUGACCGGGUUGGAGCCUUCAACCCCGACUUCGUAUCUGUUACCUACGGCGCCGGUGGCUCCACCCGCGCCUUCACCGAACGCAUUACCAUGCAGGUGAAGCAGGAAACCGACCUUGAGGUUAUGGCCCACCUGACCUGCGUGGCCCAGACCCGCGAAGAGGUAAACGAGGUUCUUGGCCGCCUGGACGAGGCCGGUGUCGAAAACGUCAUUGCCCUGCGCGGUGACCCGCCCCGGGGCCAGGAAGAUUUCGUUCCGACUGAAGGCGGCUUUGGUCAUGCCACUGAACUGAUCGACCACAUCCGGUCCAACUUCGACUUUGGCCUGGCCGCCGCCUGCUAUCCCGAAGGCCACACCGAGUCCCCUGACCUGGACUGGGAUAUUCGUUUUGCUCGAGAAAAAGUGGACCGGGGGGCCGACUUCCUGAUAACCCAGCUUUUCUACGAUAAUCGUUACUUCUUCGAGUUUAUGGAGCGGGCGCAAAAGGCCGGUAUAGACGUUCCUGUCAUCCCCGGGGUGCUGCCCAUUCUCAACACGGCCCAGAUACGUCGCUUUACCUCCCUAUGCGGCGCUUCCAUUCCACCGGAACUGGACAGCAAGCUGGAAGUGUAUGCCGAGGACGACAAUGCGGUGCGGGAAUUGGGCGUGGAAUUCGCCUCCCGGCAGGUGGAAGAGCUAUGGGAGAAUGGGGUGCCGGGUAUCCACUUCUACGUCCUCAAUCGCAGCUACUCAGUGUCCCGGAUCCUGGCCAAUUUGAACCUGCCCGGCCACGCCGCUCCCGACUAG